AUAGCUAAUACCCAGAAUAUAUGUAUUUAUUUAUACAAUAUACAAUGGUAAUAUGCCUUAUUUGUGUUUUGACGUUGAUAUCCGCCCUUCUAAUUCAAUCCAAACGUACUCUCCAUAAAAAGAAGUGGGAAACAGGGAAGUGCUUCUCUUGCAAUCUUGCAUGUAAGGUGCUCGACAAAAGGCUUAUCCAAAAUCCGGAGAUGCUCGGUGCAUUGAUAAGAAGAAGAAGAAGAAACAAAAAACAUCUGUUUUUAUGAGUUGUAAUGAUCGGAACUGCGGGGUUUUCUUCCGCUCAGAUACUUGGAAUAGCUGGUAGCAAAGACAAUGGCGCCAGACACAGGCAGCUUUUCUUCUUCUUCUCUAACUAUAACUGUAAAUUGAGGUCUUCUACUGGGUUUAGCUACUCCGCGACUGCUAAAGUGGAAGCAGCGGAAACUGCAGGCAAUCGGACCUCGGGGCCGGGGAGCCAUUUAUUGGUGGACUAUUUCACGGACUGUCUCAACUUCUCCAGAGAUGAAGCUCUCUCAGCAGUCGCUAAGUUAAGCCCAUAUAAAUCUCCAGCAAAUGCCGCCAUUGUUGUUGAUUAUCUGAAACGCAUAGGCAUGGAGCAGAUCCAUAUCAAAGCUGCUGUUUCUAAGUUUCCUAAAUUGCUACUCUAUCACCCUAACAAAAACCUUAGCCCUAAAAUUCAGUGCCUUGAAGAAUUCGGGCUAUCCGGGUCAGAUCUUGUGGAUUUCAUUGCAAGAUAUCCCUUUUUCCUUGCUAGAGGGUUAGAGACUCAUCUGCGACCUGCCUUACAUCUAAUCAGACAAGCCGCCGGUAGCAAUCAGAAUGCCGUGAAAGCUCUAAAGAGAUCUGGUCGUUUGCUUUCAUACAGCAGUUGCAAAACUAUUGAAAACAAUAUACUGCUGCUGCGAACAGAAGCGGGUUUAUCAGAUGAUCAAAUCCAACGCUUUGUAAUGGCAAGACCAAGUUCUUUAAGAAGUAAUCCUACUUGGAUUGACAAUAUUUUGAAAAGAGUGGAAAUGGAGUUUGGGAUUUCUCGAAGCUCCCCAAUGUUUUACUGUGGAUUACUUGUUGCAGCUGCACUGAAUAAGUCAACGGUGGACAAGAAACUGGAAAUCUUCAGGAGCUAUGGGUGGUCUAAUUCUGAAAUUUCUACAAUGCUGCAAAAACUACCUCAACCUUUAACUCUAUCAGAGGUGAGGUUGAAAAAGGUACUGAAUUUUUUAAUGAAGGAGCUUGGGUAUGGAUCCCAAUACCUGGCUUUUCGCCCUGUCAUUCUAAUAUAUAGUUUGGAGAAGAAGAUCAUCCCUAGGAGUGGAGUGUUGAAAAUCCUUGAAGAAAAUGAGCUGAGAGCUUGCUCGCUCUUUACAGCCAUAGUGAUGAGUGAAUCAAAGUUUUUGGGGGAUUAUGUGCUACCCUACAAGAAUAAACUGCCUGAUAUGUAUCAGAGAUACAUAAAAACUACAGCAAAAUAGAUUGAGCUUGCAUUCUGCUUUUUUCUAUAUUUACUUGUGUCUUUGAUUUCUGUGACAUGUUUGUGAUCUGGUCAAGAAUGAAGAGAUUUCAAAUGCAGUUAAAUGUUGAUGGCUACAUUUGUUUAGCUUGUCA